AUGUCAAGCAUCCGCGGUGGGGAUUUCAAUCAAAAGAUUGAUUAUGUAUUCAAAGUGGUUUUGAUUGGGGAUUCAGCGGUUGGGAAAUCUCAGCUGCUUUCGCGUUUCUCCCGGAACCAAUUCAGUUUGGAUUCGAAAGCCACAAUUGGCGCUGAAUUCCAGCCUAAAACCCUUGAGAUUGAUAACAAAACUGUUAAAGCCCAAAUUUGGGAUACUGCUGGCCAAGAAAGGUACAGGGCGGUGACUAUUGCAUACUACCGAGGGGCUGUAGGAGCAAUGUUAGUUUACGAUAUGACCAAGCGUCACUCAUUCGACAAUAUGGCUACGUGGCUAGAGGAAUUGAGGGGACAUGCGGAUAAGAACAUCGUUGUAAUGCUCAUCGGCAACAAGUGUGACUUGGGGAACCUAAGAGCAGUUCCAAGGGAAGAUGCACAAGAGUUUGCUCAAAGAGAGAACCUGUUCUUCAUGGAGACAUCAGCUCUAGAAUCGACCAAUGUUGAAACAGCAUUUCUGACAAUUUUAACAGAGAUAUACCGAAUAAUCAGCAAGAAAACCCUUUCUGCUAAUGAUGAGUCAGACACCAAUGGCGGUGCCGGUCUUCUUAGGGGAACCCGGAUUAUUGUUCCCAAUCAAGAGCCGCAAACCCAAAAGCAAGGCGGCUGCUGUGGUGGAUCAUCCUAAUUCUAAUAACUUACCAUUGUUUUUCUUUCCUUUUUGGCUAAACUUUCUUUUGAUAUAAUUUUGCCAAGCUUUUUUUAUUUGUUAAUUUAGGAUUUAUUUGU